AAGAUUUGGACCCCUGAAGAAGAUGUGACAUUGAAGACGCUCGUUUCUCGCUACGGAGACGCACGAGGCCCCCAGGGGCAUUGGAAGGAUAUUGCCGCAGCGCUCCAAGACCGCACUGCCAAGGACUGUCGAAAGCGAUGGUUCCACUCCCUUGAUCCGUCUAUCAAAAAGGGUCGAUGGACAGCACAAGAAGAUCAGAUUCUCUUGUCGGCUUACGCUCGAAUGGGCCCCGCAUGGCACGAUAUCGCCCUCCUCAUACCUGGGAGGAAGGAUGACCAAUGUUCGAAGAGAUACAUGGAUAUCUUGAGUCCAAAAGUCAAGGACCGCCUUAGCGGAUGGUCCCCGCAAGAAGACGAAGUUCUACGAGAAGGUGUUCGGACGCUUGGUCACCGGUGGUCUGCUUUAUCGGCAAAGCUGCCAGGCCGGCCACCUCUUACCUGUCGUAACAGGUGGCGA